CCUCAGUCCCAGAAGCAGCUUCAUCCUGCUGUCGGGGGAUCAUGUGGGAUCUUUCUAGUAGAUCUCUCUGGCUCUCCUCUGACUCCUGACAACUUCAGUCAGAAACCUCCAGACCUGCCUAACACCAGCAGGCGCAUGAGUGUGGUCUGAAGAUAACGUUUCUGGUUUCCUGCUGUCGCCGGGGAGCUGCGGCUGACGUCAGGACGCUCGGUUUGAGUCCAGCCCCUCGGGGGGUCACACAGGAUCCUUUUCUGUGUUUGUCAGAAGAGCGACAGCAGCAGCAGACAGGAGACAAACGAAAGAAUAAGACGACUUUGCCCGCUCUGCUUUUGUGUACAUGAGCAAAAAGGUUUCAUUAAAAAGGGAUUAGUUGUUGCUGAGAGAUAUAAAGUUUCCCCUCUGAAGUGUCUGCCCUCGUUUUAACUCUCCGUGUUUUAUCUCUUCUCUGUGUAGCUGCGUUGAGCGAAGUCGGGAUCGUUUUUUUUUUAUUUAUUUUUUUUUUUGUGGGAUCAUUUAAACCUCGCCUCACACCUGCUGGCCUGAACCGGGAGUCCCUCCUGAACUCUGCUGCGUCGCCCUCCGCCUCCUCAUGCCCCUGCAGGCGGAGCGCAGCGCCCGGCCAGCGAGCGUAGCCUGUUGCCUGAAGAAGCCUGCGUCCUGAGCGGGAGGGAUGGCCCUGAAGAGGCAGCUGCUGUGGGUGAUGGGGAGCGUCGUCUGCCUCCUGGUCAUAUACAUGCUGUGCUUGAACACGCAGUGGCGUCCGUCGUCGUCGUCGUACCUGCUCAAUCUGAAGACCUGGCCGGUCAGCAACUCUAAGGAUGCUCUGCUCAGAUGGAGCGACUUCGUCCAGGACGACCUGGCCGCCACCACCCUUCUUGACCUCGCGGGAGCCAAACAGACUGCAAAACCAGCACAAGACCAAAUCAAGAACGACUCGCUGUCCGGGUCCGACGGCGUAGACAAAGCCAAAAGAACCACGAGGGCCCCUCUGGCCAAGCCCGCCAGAGCGCCGGGCCCCACAGAACCCCCUUACAUCGGAGACUUUUACAUGAGUGAGAACAUCCCUCCACAAACGAACUGCCCAGAUGGCAUCCGAAGUCGGAUAAAGGAGUCCGAGUUUGGACAGCUGUUCCUGGAGCACAUUCCCGUCCUGCAGUGGGCCCGACAUGUGACUCAGGAGCAGCACCAGCGUCUGAAACGGUACCCAGGGACGCACGGCUGGGGAGGCAUCGACUACGACACUCUGAUGGAUACUCUGACUGUGCUAAACUCCUCCGCUAACUGGAGGAUGUUGGAUGACUGGGACAGUCGCAAGAAUAAAUCGGCGUGCAGCCGCUGUGCCGUGGUGGGAAAUGGAGGGAUCCUGAAGGGCUCGAAAAAAGGGAAGGAGAUCGACGGCCAUCAUUACGUCUUCAGGACUAACGGGGUGGUCAUCAAAGGCUUCGAGGAAGACGUGGGCUCCCGGACCACCCACUACACCUUCUCCACCAACACGCUGAUGAACUCCAUGAGGAGCUACGGCGGCGUCGGGUACAACGGACCGCCCGUGUCCGCGGAGACGCGGUACGUUUUCCUGCCCGAUCACGACCGGGAUUACCUGCUGAUGAAGGCGGCGUCCACGCACACGCUGGUGCUGAGGGGACCCGAGCGAAACAAAGACCCAACGAGAUACUUUGGAAAGGAUGUCUCGGCAGCAAAGCUGAAGAUGUACCACCCAGAUUUCAUCCGUUACCUCAGAAACAGAUUCCUUCGGUCGAACAUCCUGAACGGUCGAUAUAGGAGCAUCUACCGUCCAUCGACUGGAGCUGCAAUGCUGCUGGCCGCGCUGCACACCUGCGACCAGGUGAGCGCCUACGGCUUCAUGACGCCAGACUACAGCAAAUACUCGGACCACUACUACGACAAAUCCUAUCACAAGGUGGGCUUCUUCGCCAACCACGACAUGCGUAUGGAGAUGAGAGUGUGGCAGAGCCUGCACAAGGCCGGACUCAUCACGCUUUUCAUGCGCAAUGAAACGAACCUCAACUGAUGUCGCCCUUCCUGCAACGUGAUGCGAGUUUUCCUGUCGGUGAAGAACUGUAAUGUUUGUUCAAACAACUGUUUGGGUUGUUCCUGGGAAAGAUGAAGAUUGAAUUAAACUAUUUCUCUAGAAGGAUUUAUUUA